GCGUGUCUGCAACCCGCGUCCCCCGGCUUCAGGUGAGGGGUGCUAGGACGGGAGGGGCUUGACCCUGAGGUUCAACCCAGCGGGGGCUGGUCGCCCCCCGCCCCCAGCCCAUCCCUCCGACCCCUUCCGGAGGCCGGCUCGCUCCGCUCUGCCCCGUGUCUGGGGCCCUGGGGAGCAGGUCCCGGGCACCGCUAUGGGUGGGAGAUCGGAGCAGUUAUCCGGCCCGGGGCUGUCGGGCAGGAUCUUGCCCCAUCUCCUCCCGCAGCUGUUCCUGCAGAGCCAGUGCCAGCUGUGGGCGCGCCUCUGGACACCAUGAGCGUGGGCUUCAUCGGGGCUGGCCAGUUGGCCUUUGCCCUGGCCAAGGGCUUCACAGCAGCAGGCGUCCUAGCAGCCCACAAGAUAAUGGCCAGCUCCCCAGACAUGGACCUGGCCACGGUUUCUUCCCUCAGGAAGAUGGGGGUGAACCUGACACCCCACAACAAGGAGACGGUGCGGCACAGCGACGUGCUCUUCCUGGCUGUCAAGCCACACAUCAUCCCCUUCAUCCUGGACGAGAUUGGUGCUGACAUCGAGGCCCGGCACAUUGUGGUGUCCUGUGCGGCUGGAGUCACCAUCAGCUCCAUCGAGAAGAAGCUGAUGGCAUUCCAGCCGGCCCCCAAAGUCAUCCGCUGCAUGACCAACACGCCGGUUGUGGUGCGGGAGGGGGCCACGGUAUAUGCCACCGGCACCCAUGCCCAGGUGGAGGAUGGCAGGCUCCUGGAGCAGCUCAUGAGCAGUGUGGGCUUCUGCACGGAGGUGGAGGAGGACCUGAUCGACGCCGUCACGGGGCUCAGCGGCAGCGGCCCAGCCUACGCCUUCACAGCUCUAGAUGCCCUGGCUGAUGGGGGCGUGAAGAUGGGGCUUCCCAGGCGCCUGGCAGUCCGCCUCGGGGCCCAGGCUCUGCUGGGGGCUGCCAAGAUGCUACUGGACUCAGAACAGCACCCAGGCCAGCUCAAGGACAAUGUCUGCUCUCCUGGAGGGGCCACCAUCCACGCCCUGCACGUGCUGGAGAGUGGGGGUUUCCGCUCCCUGCUCAUCAACGCUGUGGAGGCCUCCUGCAUCCGUACACGGGAGCUGCAAUCCAUGGCUGACCGCGAGAAGGUCUCGCCAGCUGCCAUCAAGAAGACUGUCCUGGACAAGGUGAAGCUCGACUCCCCUCCGAGGGCCCUGCUGGCUCCUUCUGGCCACGCCAAGCUGCUUCCCCGAAGCAUGGCCCCGACCGGCAAGAAAGACUGAAGUGUCUCACCUGCCUGUCAGGCUGCCCGCCACCUUCUCUCUCCUGGCUCAGAGCUCCUGUGCUGGGUGUCUAGCCCCACGCCACAUAGGGUGGCCCACUGCCCACGACUUUGGUCACCUGGGGUCAGCCAGCGUCAUAGCCAGGGAGGGGCCACAUCACUAGCCAAUGGGAAUCUCCACAGUCCCCUAAUGCUUCCUGACCCAGAACAGGGAUGGACUCUGACCUCAAACCUGCACUUCCUCUGCCCCAAACCAAAUCAGGACCACCUUUCAGGAGCUCAGGAAGCGGGGUUUGGGGGCUUCACCUUUCAGCGUUAGCUGGUUUGAGGCUUGGCCUGAGCACAAAGGUCGAGGUUCCCCCUGGCCCCUGUGAAGGUCUAGCGAAAGGGGGGAGUCCCGCCCCACAUCUGCUACUUCCCUAACCUCCACUCAUGGUGGGGGCGGGGGGAACACCUCCUUCCUCAGUGUGGGAAGCACCAGAGGAUCCCAGGCAUUCUGAGUCCAAUGGGAGGGACCACAGUUCUAGGCCAGCUCAUCACCCCUCAUCCCCAUUUGACAUUUGAGAAAAGGGCUCCUCAGACAGUUGGAUUUCCAAGGCCACCAGCACUCUCAGGCCACUGUCCCCCAUUCCUGACCUGAACCACAGACACUGUCACUUCUCUCCCUGGCCUUUUAGGUUAAAUAAAUUGGUUUCCAGCCCAGUG